UUUGCAGGUGAGCGCUCCUUGCGGUAUAUCACUUUAUUAAAACGGGUUUUCAUUUUCGCUCAAGUACUAUUUAGUAAUAGAUUUAAGUGAAAUAUAAUUGAGUUGUUAAAAACGUAAUCUAGAAUACAGAUGAGAAUAACGAAUCAGAUUUCCCUUCGAAGUAUAAUCAUUACCACAGAUUCCAUUCCUUUUAUUAAUUAUAAAUUCUUAACCUUCUCAUGCCAUAGGCAUUAGGCUAGUGUCCCUCUCUCCUUCCAUCUCUUUUCCUUCUUAUUACUUACUAAGUUCCAGUUUGGGGGGCAAAACUCUAUAAGUUUGUUUGUUCAGUUUUAGUGAAAAAAGAUGGGUGAUGAAUAUCACAGUUUACACAUAUUCUUCUUCCCUUUCUUGGCUGAUGGCCAUAUAAUACCAACCGUUGACAUGGCCAAAUUAUUUGCUUCAAAGGGUGUCAAGGCCACCAUAAUCACCACUCCCCUCAACGCAUCUUUCAUCUCCAAAGUCAUUGGAAAAUCCAAAACCAUUAGCAACGGGAUUCAUAUCCAAACCAUUGAGUUCCCCUGUGCAGAGGCUGGUUUACCUAAAGGGUGCGAAAAUAUUGACUCAAUCCCUUCGCCAGAUUUACUUCAUUCCUUCUAUGUGGCUACUAGAUUGCUACAAGAGCCCCUCGAGCAAAUAUUGCUUCAGCAGCAUCCAAAUUGUGUUGUUGCUGAUAUGUUUUUCCUGUGGGCAACUGAUUCUGCUGCCAAAUUUGGAAUUCCUAGGCUUGUGUUCCACGAGACUAGUUUCUUCUCCUUGUGUGCUAUGGCAUGUAUGAGACUUUACGAGCCUUACAAUAAUGUUUCUUCUGAUUCAUAAUCAUUUGUCCUUACUAAUCU